AUGACCGAUUUUUCGAAGUUUCGAGAAAGCGGGGACCUCAGUGACAUCAGUGUGUUUGUUGGUUCCAAGGAACACAGACUACACAAGUUCCCACUGUACGCUAGGUCAGACUACUUUUGUGAGCUAGCACGUACACAGCCACACAGUGACACCGAACCCUUCAAAGUUGAGCUUCAUGAUUUCCCUGGCGGGAACGAUACUUUUGUCCAAGUUGCAGACUUCUGCUAUAACAUGCCGCUUAACUUGAACAAAAAGAAUGUUGUAGCAGUUAGAUGUGCUGCGGAGUAUCUGAAAAUGUACGGGCCAGGCAAUUUGAAGGAAGUCUCCAGCAAGUUCCUAAUAGACACGAUCACAUCCGCUAAAAUAAAUCGCUUUACUUCAUUGAUCGUUUCGAUGUUGAUGGAGUGUAAUGAGGUAGGAGAUGUGGCGGAAACUGCAGGAAUAGUUGAUCUAUGUUUAGACGCAUUUGUUGAGUGUUGGCUUAAACCCGCCGUAAAAUAUUCAACACUUGGAAUUGGGCGCAGCUUUUUCAUAGCCUCGCAAAAUAGUGAUGCUAUAUCUGGGUUUACAAGAACUAGGACAGCGAAUGUUAUUCAAGCUAUUGACAAACUAGACGAUGGCACCGUGCGUAGUUUGCUUGCCAUCCGGCCUGAGUGGUUUGCCAAGUUGCUGAUGAAAGCUAGGGUCAGAGGAAUUAGUUCAGACGAGUUGGGCAAUCUGGCAGUUAAAUAUAUUUCAUCUGCUCUAGAAGAAAAACGCAAAGAUGAAGAAAUUCCAAGUAAUAAUGCGUUGAACAACCAGGACGAUGAAAAAGACAUCGAUACUAACAAUUCAACAGCAGACACUGAAUCUUUGGCAUCCCAUGACUUCGAUGACAAUGAAACCCCUCCAGUAAGUCAGAACACACGGACAGUUUUAAAGGUAAAAUAUGACCCCAAAAGAGUUCUGGACACAGUCAUCUUAGCCCUUCCAGAUCAAGCAUUUAGUAUUCCCGCAGUAACUAUGGAAUGGUUAACGAAGACGAUCAGCAUGGCCACCUUGCACAGCUGUGAGUCAAAGGACAAGCUGUUACGAGUGGCUGGAGAUAUGUUGACCCAACUAGACUCAAAAGAUCUUUGCGUGAUCUCGCCAUCAGUUCUACACGACAUUAUUGUGGGUGCUUGCGAGGAGAAGUGUACCACUGGUCAACAAAUGUCCAGUGAGAAAGCCUGCAGUCUGGUGGACAAGUACAUGGUGCAUAAGACGAAAGAGGGUAGUUUGACAGCUGAAGCAUUUCGCCUUUUGGCGUCGGCAACGAAAAACUACACAAGGACGUCGCACGAUUCCCUGUAUACUGUACUGGAGUUUGUACUGAAUUCUGAAGCAGAUAAACUGACACAUGAGCAACGAAAUGAGCUCACCGAAAUUGUGAACUUUGACCUGUUAUCUGGGGCAAGCCUCCAGAGAGCUUUGGAUGAGGAAAUAGUACCCCCAGCCAAGAUUGCCAGCAGUGCCCUGAAGUUGUGUGUCCGCUUGAGAACGGAGCUAGCGUCUGUGAAAUACAUCGCUGAAUUACAGGAGGACGACCUUCAGAAGUACCAGACUUCUGUCGGGAGGGCGGUACCUUUAGCAGACGUGGAACCCCGACAGCUCUCUUCUUACAACUAUACUCCGAGAAAUACGGAACUGGAUAACAAAGACAUCUUUGAGAAAUCAUCAUCCGAAGCUACCAGAUCUGAAGACCAAGAGUCCGGAAACCAUUAUGCCAGUACUGAUCCACUUAAGGCAGCGCAGAGUGUACUGUCCGCCGCACGUCAUAAGCUGAAUCUCCCAGUUUACACCGGCUACCGACCAGUUUUUCUCUCUCGGUUGCCCCCUUCAACUUACAGUGGCCACGCUCAUCUGUACUACUACCAUGCUCAAAGGGGACAUGACCUCAGUCUGGAGGAUGAGCUGGAGCUGAGACUUGACAGGCCCUUGCACAGCUUAGAUCCACGGGCUCGUCAUCACAGACUUCUGGCUCAGCAACACCGCGCAGAUGAUAGCAAUGGACAUCGGACUUACUUUCCCUACACUAGCCAUUCUCUCAGGUUCUAG